AUGUCUGACACAACUCAAUUAACAGACGCUUAUCUACUCCAGUCGGCUCUCAAGACCGAAUCGCCUAUCGAUGUCAGCAAGGGCAAGACCAUCUCGGUUGUCUAUGAUGGCAACCAGGGUUCUUACAACUCUGGCUUGAUUCAGAUUGAUGCUACUUCUCAGCUUACCGGAUCGCGUGGAUUUGCUAGCCUCAAGGAGGCCUAUCUCACCCUACCGUAUGUGAUUACCGCCAAAUCGACUGGCACGGCGGAUCUAAAUGCGAAGAUUAUUCCUCGAUUUGCAUGUGCGCUCAAAUGCAACGUUGCCAACGUUAUCGACUCGCUGACGGUUGAACUUAACGGCAAAAAAGUAAUCACUGAAACUGAGUACAAGGGCUUCUGGAACAAUCUCCGUGCUAUGACGGAACUUUCGCAGGACGAGGUAGCCAAGCAUGGUGCUGACAUGCAUCUAUAUCCGGAUACUUGGUCGAGCAUCAACUUCACCAAAGCUGUUUCUGGUAAUGGAGAUGGCUAUAGCAACAAUCAAAUUGGUAUUGAAGCCAAGCUUGAUAACACUCUCUCGCAAACACAGGAGCCGUAUGUUCACAAUCCUGGAUUUUUCAAGCGCGCGCUGAAUACUCCUCCUCAAAUCGACUCGACGGAGGCAACCGGAUCUUUCUCUUGGACUUCCAUGGGAACUACUGCUAGCAAGCAAAUUCUACAGCAGAAUGGUCGUGGCUGUUUUAAGGAGUCUGAUGCUACGUCGUAUGGAGUUGAUAAGGUCGUUGGUAAGUGGUUUCACAUGCUUAAGAUCCGCCUCGUCGAUUUGCAUCCGAUUUUUAAGGAGCUAGAUCUAUGCUCUACCCCGCAGUUGAAGAUCCGUCUUCGUAUCAAUGCUGGUACGGUUGCUGUAUCUGGCAACGUGAAUCAAAUGAAGCUUGAUUCUGUCACCAUGACCUCUGAUCAGACGGUUCCUAUCAUGAUUGCAAGUGCUGCUGCGGCUAAUCCCAUGAAUGAUGUGCUGACUACUGCUAAUUCUCAGCUGUCGUUCACGUUCGGCCCGCUUGGAAAUGCAUUUACUCCGACUGCUUCGGUCGGUGAGUAUCUCCCAUACACGAACUCGAGGCUCCACAUUCCGUUCUACGCGCUCAAGAACCCCGCGCCAAUCAUCCAGAAGCCGAUCAAGACUGUUCGCUACCUUGAUUGCUUUGCACAAAUGUUCCGCAAAGCCGCUGGAGUGUCUCCUGAUAUCCCCACUGGCCAGCUGAAUGCUCCGUUCGAUCUCAACAUCUCUGGAUACAAGAAGAAUGUGAAGUACGUAGCUUUGAUCCCGUUCAGUGAAACAUCGGCUGGACACUUCGUAUCGUCUGCUGGUACGCCUCAGUAUCAAUCCCCCUUCGACAGCGCGCCUUGGACAUGCAUGCCUGGUGCUUCCAUCCGCAAUUUCCAGGUAACCAUUGGCAACAGCAAUGUCUUCGACAAGAGCCAGGAGUACGAUUUUGAGUCGUUCAAGCAUGAGUUCAGCAAGCUAGGAGCUAUUAACGGUGAUCUGAGCCAGGAGGUCAGCAACGGCCUGAUUGACUCGGUUAAGUGGUCGAUGGCUCAGCGCAUUCUCGUAGCCGAUACGUCUCGUCUCACCCAGAAGCAUGUACCUCAGGCGAUUCAGGUCAGCGGCAUCAACGGCUCGGCUACCGGUAUGGAUCUCCUCGUACUUGUUGUUUACGAGCGUGAGCUUGAGAUCGACCGUCUCACAGGAGAGGUUCACAGAACCGAUUAA